GAAAAAGAAGAAUAGGAUGAGGAUGAAGGGACUUGUUUUUUGUCGUCCGAAUUCCGGCAUAACUCAUUUGACGAUUUACCGAAAUGGCGACGACAGGAAAGGGGGUCGUCGUCACCUAAAAAUUAGAGCUUUAAGGGAAUACGAGCAAGCAGUUAAGGACAAAGAUCUUUCUCGAGCUCUCGGCUACUUGAGAGAAGACUCGUCAAUCGGUAAGUUGGAUUGGUCCCCGAUCGAAAGAGACUGGCAGGUUUUAGAUACAUGCUUGAAUGCCGAUGAUAUGAGGCUUGUUGGAAGUGCUUAUGCUUUUCUCAAGGACAAAGGUCUCUUGCCUAAUUUCGCCAAAUACAACACUAUUGUUUUGGAAGGGCCACGGGAUGUCACACCAACCGUCUUAAAGUCUUCAACUGGUUUAGAUGUGACCAAACUUUCGCCAAAGAAGUGGGGUCUUUCUGGAACAUCUAGCUUUCUUUUGGCAACAUCGUUUGCUGGAGUCACGUUUCUGCUGAACCAAGGAAUAGAUAUUAGGCCUAACAUUGCUGCAGUUUUGGGGCUUGCCAUGCUAGAUGCUAUAUUACUUGGUGGUUCCUGCUUAGCACAAAUCUCCAGCUUCUGGCCUCCCUACAAGCGUCGAAUUUGUGUUCAUGAAGCAGGCCAUCUCCUUGUUGCAUACCUAAUGGGUUGUCCAAUUCGUGGUGUAAUUUUAGACCCAAUUGUUGCAAUGCAGAUGGGCAUUCAAGGACAGGCAGGAACACAAUUUUGGGAUGAAAAACUUGAAAAUGAGCUUGCUGAAGGCCAGUUAAGUGGUACCACAUUUGACAGGUACUGCAUGGUUCUAUUUGCUGGGAUUGCAGCUGAAGCUCUUAUUUAUGGAGAGGCUGAAGGUGGAGAAAAUGAUGAAAAUCUCUUCCGAAGCAUCAGUGUUCUUCUGGAACCCCCACUCUCUGUGGCACAGAUGUCAAAUCAAGCAAGGUGGUCGCUGUUGCAAUCUUAUAAUCUUCUGAAAUGGCACAAACAUGCACAUCGAGCUGCUGUAAAAGCUAUUGAGAAUGGAUGCAGUCUGAGCAUAGUCAUUAAAAAAAUUGAGGAAGCCAUGUCUCUGAAAAAAUAAAGCUUGGACUGCAGAAAUAUUGUACUAGAAGAGGUGAUAUUUAACCCUUAUUCAUGUGCAAAGUCAGGAUACUACUUGCUCAUAAAUGAAUGUAAACUAAGAAUCAUUUUUUGGACAAUUAAAUGCUGGGUGUGCUGAGACAUUUAGCUGUGAGGAGAUAGGAGAUUCCUAGUGUGCUGAGGCACUUGGCUAAGCAUAUAUUAUACUGCUAUGAAAUGCCUCAACUGGAGCUAGCAGAAAAGGGAUUGAAGGUUCUUGGGCCCAUAAAUAUGCCUGACCUUUGAUCUUGCAGCGUGAUAGUUCCUCAAAAGGAGCUUAUUUUUCUAUGAUUUUUUAGGUGAGCAACUUUUUGCUGCGAGCUUAGGAGCAGAAUGUUAAAGUUAGGGAACAGAGAGAAUCCUGCAUCUAGCAUCCUUUGAUAAAGAUUUUACAUGUAAUUAUAUAAGUAGCUUAUUUAUGUUGUGUAAUAAAGGAAAAGUCUCAUUGUAAUUCGAGUGUAAACUAUUAAGCAGUCCAGCAAUGACCUCUUUGAACUUGUGUUUGCUGAAAAGAAUAGAGGGAGGGAAGAUAUUUAUCUUUUCGACCCAACAUACUGCUGCUA